GCCAGUAGUGUGCCAGGCGACGUUGAGGUAGGGCUGUGCGAGGGUGUAGCGGAGCGGCAGCGUGAGGGUGUCUGUGUGCCUCGAUGCUUCUGUCCCACGUGCAGCGACCGUCAUCUGCCCCGCGCUCUAAACAGGACUUGGUUUUCAGGAUCUUUAGCAGCUUUACUUUCCAAAAUAACAGGAUUCUUUGACGCAAAGGAGCCACAGGAAUGAGAUAUCUGUGGCUGUUAUAAGGAGUCGCGCCAACUUUCGAGCAAAAGCGUGACCAGUGCCCCGGGUGGUUCCUGAGGGUACGAAGGGCCCACCUGACGCAGUAGUGACCCCGGUAACCAUGAUAGACCAUCCGAAGGGCAGUUUUGCGAAGCGGUACAGUUGUGUUGGUUAAACAGUUGUGAAGAUUUGCUCCAGUGGGGUGAGUGUGUGGAGGGGAGAGGAGAGGUGUGUGCGUGUGUGUGUGCGUGUGUUAAGUGGGGAGUGUGGAAACAACCUGUGGAAAAGGGCAGGUGCCUAUGUGUGCGUGAGUGUUUUGACGUUUACCGAUAAAGAGAUCACCAUGGGUGUGUAGAGCGGGUGUGCUGGUGCCGAGAACACCCUCAAGAUGAGCUGCGCGUGUAACUGAGGGAGGCGAGGACGCAUUACGGGCAGCGAGCGUCGCACAGCGGCAGCUUACGCCACCAUGCCCAAGGAGUUCCAGCACCCGUUUUACAAGAUGCCGUGGCUCUUGGAGGAGGAGUACGGAUCACUCGAGGACCUGGACUGCCUCGAGGGUCGUAUGUAUCUGCCCAGGACGACACACCACGUCCUCCCUUUGUGGGCAGAUGACGACGACGAUGAGGAACCUCCCCAGAGAUCCCACGGGCGUCCCUACAAUGACGUCGGGACCAGUGAGGAGAGUGUGGAGGUUGUGGCUCCUUUGAUUGACCCUCGGCGCGCCGUGCUGCUUCCUGGGUACACAGGUGACCAUUUCCCAGUGUGGAGGCGAACAGACCCUUCCAAGUAUGUCAACGGCGCCUCCAGGCCUGCUAGGGAACCUAUGCCCAAGGUUGGAAUCCCUAAAAUAGAAAUGCAGAGCCCUGGUGACUCAGACGAGGAAGGCCAGACUGGCGAGGGCGCAAAGGAACCUCCUGCCAAGGCGACGAAAGGGACUCGAAAUAGUGACUCGACCAAGUCCCAGCCUCGGAUGUCCCUGAGUUCCCUGAGGCGCUCCUCCACCCUCACCAGGAUCAAUGAGCUGCUGCAGAGGGCGCGCUCAGAGGUGUUCGAGGGUGAGGACGGCUUGACGGCCCGUGAGAAGAUCCGACACCUGCUGCGUAACUCACACGUGGACGACGUACAAAGAGUGCGCGUUGAGUACUACGUCAACGAGAACACCUUCAAGGAGCGGCUUCACCUGUACUUCGUUAAGAACCAGCGAUCAAGUCUCCGCAUUAGGAUCUUCAACCUGCUCAUCAAGUUGCUGACAUGUGUCCUGUACAUCGUGCGUGUGUGCCGAGACAUCGACCCCAUCCGUGCUAACUGCUACGAUUGCCCCGAGGAUAAGGAGGUGACCGCGUACUUUCUCGAAUACGGCAACAAGACGGAUGAGCGAUUUCAAGAGAACCCAGUCAUCAAUUGGCAGGCAGUACUAUGGGUGAAUCGCACCUUACCGCUGUGGGCCAUCCAGGUGGUCGUGGCCACUGUGUCGCUCUCCGAGGCUCUGCUACUGGCCUACCUCAAUUACAAGGGCAACAUUUGGCAAACGUUACGAUCGUUCUACUUCAUUUUAGAACUGGUCAACACCAUCCCCUUCAUCCUGACAAUAUGUUGGUCGCCUCUGAGAAACCUCUUCGUGCCAGUGUUCCUCAACUGCUGGCUGGCCAAACACGCCCUCGAGAAUAUGUUCAACGAUCUCCACCGAGCAAUGCAGAGAUCACAGUCGGCGUUGAGUCAGCAGCUGAUGAUCCUUUGUGCCACCUUCAUGUGUCUUGUCUUCACCAGCGUGUGCGGCAUCCAGCACUUCCAGCGGGCAGGACACCGCCACCUGAACCUCUUCCAGGCCGUGUACUAUGUGAUUGUCACCUUCUCCACGGUGGGCUACGGAGACUUCGUGCCCGACAUCUGGCCCUCGCAGCUCUUUAUGGUCAUCAUGAUCUGCGUGGCGCUCAUCGUCCUCCCAACACAGUUCGAGCAGCUGGCAUUUACGUGGAUGGAGAGAAAGAAGCUCGGAGGGACGUACUCGGCCCAUAGAGCGCAGAGUGAGAAGCACGUGGUGGUUUGCUCCACUAAUCUUCAGGCUGACACCAUCAUGGACUUCCUUAAUGAGUUUUACGCCCAUCCACACUUACAGGACUACUUCGUGGUACUCCUGUCGCCCAUGGAGUUGGAUCCAACGAUGAAGAUGAUCCUGCAGGUGCCAAUGUGGGCGCAACGGGUUAUAUACAUCCAGGGGUCGUGUCUCAAGGACGGGGACCUCACGCGGGCCAGGAUGAGCGAGGCAGAGGCGUGCUUCAUCCUAGCCGCCAGACAGUACACCGACAAGACCGCCGCUGACGAGCACACCAUCUUGCGUUCCUGGGCCGUGAAGGACUUCGCCCCCAACGUGCCCCAGUACGUGCAGAUCUUCCGCCCAGAGAACAAGUUGCACGUGAAGUUCGCAGAGCACGUGGUGUGUGAGGACGAGCUCAAGUACGCCCUGCUCGCCAACAACUGUAUGAGUCCGGGCAUAUCCACCCUAGUGACGCUGCUGCUGCACACUUCCCGCGGCCAGGAGGGCCAGGCGUCGCAGGAGGACUGGCACCGGCUGUAUGGGAAGUGUUCAGGCAAUGAGAUCUACCACAUCAAGCUGAGCGACUCUCGGUUCUUCGGGGAGUAUGAGGGGAAAAGUUUCACCUACGCCAGCUUCCACUCUCAUCGCAAGUAUGGUGUGGCUCUUGUUGGGGUCCGGCCAGCCGAGCUCCCAGAGUUUUAUGAAGACACCAUCAUGCUCAACCCAGGCCCAAGACAUAUCAUGAAGAAGACAGAUCUGUGCUUCUACAUGAGCAUCACCAAAGAAGAGAAUAGUGCCUUUGUGGUGGGGUCUACUUCCACCAACACCACUACUGCCAACCAGGAGGGAAGGGUGGAGGGAGGGGGUGCUGAUGCCUCACUCACCAAAGACCCAGAAAGAGGUGUUGGAGGAGGAGAGAGAAGGGAAGGUGAUCGAGAGGAACCCUUACCCAAACCAAGAUCAGGGCGAAGGUGUGUUCUUCUCAAGCUGCGCUCAAACGUUUCUGUCAACGAGCUGCAGAAGAAAUUGGAGGAGGAGGUGGAUCGGAGAAGGGAGAAGUGGGAAGAAGAACAAGGAAGACAUAUUACCAGGGAGGAAGCCUUGGUAACUUCCACUAAACAAAAACUCAUUCAGGAGGAAGGAGAAUCAAUGGAGCUGCGCAAAAGCCAUCCAAGACACAAGCUGGAGCGAGAAGACACAACAAAAUCUAAUAGUCCUUCCUUAAGUGGUGGUAAUUUUCUUGAUGUCCCACGCUCCGACACCCUUAUCAGUGUCUCAGACAAACGCCCCGAGACCCGCCGUCCAUCCAUUCUACCUGUGCCAGAUAUGUUCACUGGAUCCAGCCUCAAUAUUUCAAGCCAGGAACGAGGUAGUGAAGAUGUAUCAGGAGAGAGUGAUGAUGAGGUUGAUGAUGUGCCUUGGCGGUCUCCGUCAGAGAUGAUUGCGAUCAUCAAGGGAUUUCCACCUGUCUCCCCAUAUAUUGGUGUGAGUCCCACCCUCUGUUACCUGUUGAAAGAAAAGAAGCCCCUUUGUUGCCUACAGCUAGCACAGAGUAGAAUCAGAUCUGUUUGUGAUCACUGUACCUACCGCAGUGCCAAGGAGUACAACUGGCAGAACCGAGCUGUCAUCCUAGCUGCUGAUUAUGCAAGCAAUGGUAUCUACAAUUUUAUCAUUCCACUCAGAGCACAUUUCAGAAAAAAGACGUUACUGAACCCUAUUAUCCUCUUGCUUGAGCGAAGACCAGAUGUUGCCUUUCUUGAUGCCAUCUCUUGGUUCCCUCUUGUCUAUUGGAUGUUGGGCUCCAUUGACUGCCUUGACGAUUUGCUGCGAGCUGGCAUCAACGUGGCAGAGAAUGUGGUGGUGGUUAAUAAGGAGCUUAACAACUCUGCUGAAGAAGACACCCUAUCAGACUGUAACACCAUUGUUGCCGUCCAGACCAUGUUCAAGUUCUUCCCCAACAUCAAAAUCAUCACGGAGUUGUCUCAGUCGUCCAACAUGCGCUUCAUGCAGUUCCGAGCUCGGGAUGCAUACGCCCUCCACCUGUCUAAGAUGGAAAAGGGUAGCCAGCCUCAGGGCCCUAGGAGUCGCCCUGCAUCUCGUCGCCGUUCUCGCUCAUUCCGACGGCGGCCUCCGCCGCAACGACCGAUUUACUACUCUGAAGUUAUAAAUCAGCUGGAACGGCGAGAAAAGGAGAGAGGAUCUCACAUCUCCUAUAUGUUUCGACUCCCCUUUGCUGCUGGGAGUGUGUUCUCAGCCAGUAUGCUUGACACACUCUUGUAUCAAGCCUUCGUCAAGGACUACCUCAUAACUUUUGUCAGGCUUCUAUUGGGCGUGGACCAAGCACCAGGUUCAGGCUUCCUCACUUCAAUGAAGAUUGGGAAGCAGGACCUUUGGAUCAGAACAUAUGGUCGGCUUUAUCAGAAGUUGUGCUCCACUACCUGUGAAAUUCCUAUUGGUAUUUAUCGCACUAUAGAUACCAGCAACAUGGAGCCUGGAAACAAUGAUGGAGACGCCUCGGGCAUUGGCCAUUCCUAUUCUCACUUGUACGACACCACCUCUUGUUUCCUAUGCCAGAGCAACAAAAGCUCAAUGUUCUCACUGAACAUAUCGGAUGAUCCAAAGGAGAUACACUGCAACCUGAUUGAACGGGCUGAGAUUGCUCAGUUAGUUCGUUCCCGUAUGCAAAGUUUAGCCCUCCCUCCAGAGGAUUAUGAUGAUGUAUCUGAAAAGCGCAAUUCCUUGUCCUUCGUAAUCAUCAACCCCUCCUGUGACCUGAAACUGGAAGAAGGUGAUAUUGUAUACCUUAUCCGGCCAAGCCCAUUCUCAGCACAGAAGACAUUUGAGCGUCAUAAUUCUCGGCGGAAAUCUAAUAUUUCGCUUUGUGGAGAAAACAGGCGGAGAAGUACCACAUUUGUCAGGCCCCCUCCUCUUACUACCGCUCCCAAGUCCAAUUCUCUUAGUCUGCCAGACAGUCCACAGAUAUCUCCAGGAGCAGAAGGCCGACUGUUCUGCCCUCCUGAGGGUCUUUGUGGACCCUUGCUACAAGAGACCAGAAAUGGUUUUCACCAUGCAACGAAAUUGGCAAACAGGCGAGCUCCCCUCCUGGGCUCCUUAGUAGCUUUAGAUUCCCUUCACGUCCCCAUGUCCCCCCCAACAGGAUAUGUCCGUGGUCGUUCCAAUUCUCUCCGAGUGGAUGACAUCCUCAUGAGACGCUCCAAUUCUCUUCGCUUCGGCCUGGAAGCAUCACGUAAGAUAAAUAGUUUUGAGGAACUUGGCAUCAGCCCGCUCACACCACUCACACGUGACGAGCGAACGGGCUCUAUCAAGAUUCCUACCAAUGGGUCCAUCGGUCUAGAGGUUACACCUCCUGAAGAGUGUGGCUCAGAGGCCUCCGUCCCUUCUAUUCAGUUGCAAGGAACCAUAGUCUGACCCCCGCCGUCACCUCGGCCUGCACGAGUCUGGUUCCACAUGGGUGGUGCUCGUGGGGUCGCCCGCUCACGCUCCCCACGACUUUGACGGCCAGCCGCCUCCUACACGUCUCGACCAGCCCUUGGCCCUGUGCCCUGGCCACAGUCACAGUGAGAGGAGGCUUGAAGGACUUAAUGUUGAGCUAUUGGCAUACCAGCUAAUGCUCAGAAUUAUAGUGAUGCCACAAGUGCUUGGUUAGAGUACUGUUCAUUAAAGUGUGAUCAGUACUGGAUGUUAUUUGAACCUUGGGUACAAAAGUAGAUGGAUUUUUAUUUUAACAAGAAACUAUAAAUCUAUCAAAUUAUUCACUGUUAGGUAGUGAUAUGAAAAUGGUGAUAUAUUGUUUCCAGUUUUGUACAUUCAAAGAAACACAUUGAUGCGAGGUAUCAUAGCAUGAUCUAGUGAGUCAGUUUACCACAUGUUUAUUACCUCUGAGGCUUACCUUCUGUGAAGGGUUUGUCGUGUCCUAAGCAUAUGUAGGAUAUGAGUCUCAUCUGCCAUCUCAUAUGUGUAGCUCUGCUCAAAUUAAGAGGGUGUGUACUUUGUCAUCUGAAGACCAUAGAGAUAAUAGUCUUUCUCUCUUUCAGAUUAUAAGAAAAGCUCUUCUUCCAUAUAUGCUGGCAAAGAACAAAUGUUGUUGUCAGAUAUUGUUGAAUAAGUGCUCUCCAUGUAAAGAGUUGCACAGUUCAGUUGUUUUCAUCUUAUAUGUUUCAAUGUAAGCUGAAUCAGCUAAUUUUCAUGAUACAGGUAUCUGUAUAACUGAUGCAGACAAACUAUUCUAGCAUUUCCUUGAGCAUUGUCAACCCUCUCUUUCAUUUUCUCUUUCAUCUUUUUCAUCAAACUUCAUCAUAACUAAUUUAGUAUAAUGAAUAAUCACAGUGCAAACUGUUCAUCAAAUUACAGGCAGACAAAAUCGAUAUGAUGUAAAUAGAUACAUAUGAUUUGCUAAAGCCAUAUAUUUAUGUAUAAAGUCAUCGUAGAUUAAGCAGAUUACCCUGAUGGGCAGAGUUUGUUGUUUACAGAAUUGUCCCUGAAUCUUGCAACUGUGACAUUAUCUCUUAGGACUCUCAAGGCCAGGCCAGAGGGUGAGCUGUGGGGACCAGGCUGAAGGAAAGAGAACUCUCACAAGGGUACCUUUUCCUAAAGCUGUCAAGAGUAACAGGGACUGUUGGAUCACCUCAUCAUUGUUCUCAUAUUUUUAACAUUUUAAUAUGAAUGAUUUGUGAAUGUGUAUGUAAUUUUCAAGUUUGUUAUAUUCAAGCCUUUAUGUGUCUAUAUCAUAGGUAUGUAUAUAUGAAUAUACAGUAUCAAUGUACAUAAAAAAAUAUAGUUUAUAUUUAUUUCUAUAAAAAUAGACCAUUGUGAUAAGUCAGUUACAAUAUUUAAGAUAUAUUUCAUGAUAUAUUGUACAUACAUUGUGCCAUUGCAUCUGACUUGUGUGUGUCAUUUCAUAAUGCAUACAAGCAUUCUGUUAGUACCCACUCAUGAUUAGGUGGAAGAGUGGCUGGUGGUGUGUGCAUGUUGGGCAGGGCAGUGCUGGCCACACGAUGGGAGGCCUGAAGUUACUGGUUGUUUGUUUCCUGUAGUAGACAAAAAAUGCAGGGUAAGGUGGACAACUUGUUUAUAUUGUUGUAGGAAACCUAAGAUGCAAACUUUCAAUAAGAGUUCAAGUAAUGUAAUAAUCUAUUGGGGUUUUGUUGCACAAAAAGCAUGCAAAUGGAAUUAGCACUUAUUAAUAUAUUAAUAGGCAUUUAGUUGUGUGGUUAUGAGGCAAAUGGAAUUUUAUCUUUGAUAUAUUGCUUACUUUCUCCCAACAAUCAGUUUCCCGUACUGCAGGGAACUCAACAUGUGGUGCUCUAAUAGUAUACACUGAUGCCUCUUUGUUUACUUCCUCUUUCAUAUUUGCUUUUGUUGAAUGAAGAGGAAAUUGUGAAGCUGUGCUAUACAUAUACUUUUUUUUUAUUUCAGUAUUAGUAUGCAUGCAUUUUUGUGAUACAUCAUAUAUAUAUAU